AAGGGCCUGGGUCGGAGCGCCCCUUCCCCUUCUCAGGGAUCCCGACCCGCCGACGACCCGUCCUUCCGGCUCGCUUCGCUCCCUCCCUCCUAGCCAGAUGGGAACCCCUGAGUGGGAGCUGUGAUGUGCUUGGGAGGGGCUCUGGCAGGGGUCCCUGAGUCCACUGCCCUUCGCUGCUGGGGGGCGGGGGCGCUUGCCUCAGUUUCCUCAUCUGACACCCUGGAAUAGACGGUCCCACCUCCUGGGCAGACUCAGCUGAGCCUCUGGCUCUGAGAGGGUUAAAAGCCGUCUCCCCUGCAUCCACCCCUCCCCCAGAAGGACACCCUUUGCGUCUCCUGUCUCCCCGAGAUGCUGAGUGAUUGCCUGCCCCUCGCAGGCCCCUUGGGGGCCGGCAGAAGCAGGGCUCAGGUUCGCCAGGACUCUACCCUCCACACCUACGUCUGCGCUCUGUGUUCCCGCACAGAGAUCCCCUAAGGGGGACUCCCCCAGAAGCUCUUCUAGCUGCCUAGGUUAAAGGUCCAAACUGGGACAGGGGGCAGACUAAGAGAAGGUGGCUGCCCGGGACAUUUGCGACAGGACUGGAAGUAGGGACAGAUGAGAAAGGGAAACUUGAAAUGUGGAAACAGCUCUUUCCUCCCCACCGCCUCCCUCCCCACCGGCCGCUGCCCCUCCUGGCCCUCCGUCCAGGCAGGUGGGCUGUAGGGCUCUACCAGCCACCUGCUCACCCAAGCUCUGCACCUGCUGUGCCUCUGGAAUGCACUUCUCCCAACCUUCGGAUCUCCUAGGUCUUGGUCAGGUGGUCCUCACGACAGUUGCCAUUGCCUAGUUAGGCACGCGAAAACCUGAAGCAGUAUCAGCAGCUUGGGAGAGCAUUCUGGAGACAAGUGAAGCACUUUUGAGAAAUGCUGCGUGGCCCACACGUGAUGCUACAGGAGGUGACCCUGUGUGGGAAAACCCUUGAGAUUGAGAGGCGCAUGCUCUUCCGACCAGGUGCCCCUUGGUUAGAUGGAUUUGUGGGUGCGGAGAGUGUGUGGAAGGGCCGUGUUCCUGUUGGCAGAGAAGUCUGGCUGCUGAGCCAGGGCGUGUCUCCCAGAGGGCUGCCGGGCUGCCGGAUCCCCACCUCGCCGCCAUGGGCCGCCCAGGCUGCCACCUGCCGGGCCCCCAGGAUGUUCUUGGUUGCUGGCCAGGUGGACAUCACCAGGAGAAGACCAGCCAGUUCGUGCUGUGGCCUCCUGGUGUCAUCUGGGGAGAACAUGUCCAGGCCCCCUGAGUGCCUGCUGCGGCUGCGCCGGGGAGCCCCGAGGCAGCGCAUCUGCACCCUGUUCAUCAUCAGCUUCAAGUUCACGUUUUUCGUCUCCAUCAUGAUCUACUGGCACAUUGCGGGAGAGCCCAGGGGCCAAAGAGAGUUCUCUAACUUGCCUGCCGACGUCCCCUGCCCCCGACUGGGGUCCCCUACGCUGCUUUCCAGCACCCCGCCUCCAGGCAACAUCUUCUUCCUGGAGACAUCAGACCGGACCAACCCCAACUUCCUAUUCAUGUGCUCGGUGGAGUCGGCCGCCAGGGCCCACCCGGAGUCCCGGGUGGUGGUCCUGAUGAAGGGGCUGCCCGGUGGGAACGCCUCCCUGCCUCGGCACCUGGGCCUCUCGCUCCUGGGCUGCUUCCCCAACGUCCACCUGCUCCCGCUUGACCUGGACGAGCUGUUCCGGGACACGCCACUGGCGGCCUGGUACGCGGCCCGGCAGCGCCGCUGGGAGCCCUACCUGCUGCCCGUGCUCUCCGACGCCUCCCGGAUCGCGCUCCUGUGGAAGUUUGGUGGCAUCUACCUGGACACGGACUUCAUCGUCCUCAAGAACCUGCAGAAUCUGACCAACACGCUGGGCACUCAGUCCCGCUAUGUCCUCAACGGUGCCUUCCUGGCCUUCGAGCGCCACCACGAGUUCAUGGCGCUGUGCAUGCACGACUUCGUGGCCCACUACAACGGCUGGAUCUGGGGCCACCAGGGCCCGCAGCUGCUCACGCGGGUCUUCAAGAAGUGGUGCUCCAUCCGCAGCCUGGACGAGAGUCACGCCUGCCGCGGCGUCACCGCCCUGCCCUGCGAGGCCUUCUACCCUAUCCCCUGGCAGGACUGGAAGAAGUACUUCCAGGAGGUCAGCCCCGAGGAGCUGCACCGGCUGCUCAAGGCCACCUACGCUGUCCACGUGUGGAACAAGAAGAGCCAGGGCACGCGCCUUGAAGCCACGUCCCGGGCGCUGCUGGCCCAGCUCCAUGCCCGCUACUGCCCCACGACGCAUGAGGCCAUGAAGAUGUACUUGUGAGGGGCCCGCUGGGCCACCCUCCCUGCACCACCAGGCGCCCUGACGGAGAAGGGCUCCUGGCCACCUUUCCUGGUGGGGGCGAGACGGGAGGGCCCGGGAGAGGGAGGCUGGAGUUGCCGCAGCCUAGGAUUCGGGCAGGCUCGGGGGAGGGUGGGGAGCUGUUGGUCCCAGAGGUGUGCCUGGAGGAUGCGCUGCAGGCCCCCGGAUCCGCUCCCUUCAGGGUGAGGCUGGUGGGACACCCCCGGGCCAGUGUGCUUUCUCAGGGUGAAGGCAACAAGUGGGGGGGUUGGGGGGCCCCAGCCAGAAUCGGCUGGAGUAAGCCAGGGGAGCCUCUGGGUCUUCUGGACAACACACCAGAGCCGUGCACGUCAAAGCGGCUUCCGGGAUGUCACAGGGAGGCCAGGCUGGUGGGGGCCCGAGGUGCCCACAAAGAGAACAUGGAUGGAGAAGCCCCAGAACAGGGGUAAGAAGGAGAG